UUGCUCCAUAGAUGGUUAAUCUUCAAGGCAUUAAAAUCAACUUGGUGACGUGUAAAGUAAACCUCGACAGAUUCCUUGUUUGACGGGGCUUUGCUGCACUCGUAAGGUACCGCGCUUCGCAAUCCUGCAAUCUUUCAAGGUCGGAUCACUGAAGGAUGUCAGAUACGGAGAAGGAGCUCCCAUCUGCGGCUUCUGGGGAAGCAGCUGACGCUGCUGAGCAGGUCCAACCGGAUGCUUCUAGUGCCGAUGCUGUCGUUGCAAGUGACGACGCAGCUGGGGCUCCUGCUGGAGAUGCAGCUGAACCAAAGCCCGAGGUUGCCACAGAUGGUAACGAUGCUGCUGCUGAUGCCAGCGCUGCCGCAGCCGCGGACGCGCCUGAGGGUGAAACCGAGGCCCCAGCCGCACCAGCUCCCCCAGCAGCUGAGGCCGAGCCUCAGGCGACACCCGAGCCUGCUCCUGCAGAGCCAGCGGUAGAAGCCGCAGCUGACGGGGGUGAGCCUGCACCCGCCCCCGCCCCCGCCCCCGAGAAGGCACCUGAUGCAGCCGAAGACCAGCAGCCAGCGCCAAGCGGUGACGAGACUGCCGCUGCUGCUCCGCCUGCUCCCGCUCCUGCACCCGAUGCUGCUGAUGCCGCUGACGACGAGUCCGCGGCUUCAGGCGCAGAAGACGAGCCUGCUGAGGCCGCGCCCAAAGCGGGCGAGGGAGGCGCUGAGGAGGCCGCUGCUGCUGCUGGUGCGGGGGGCGAGGGCGAGGCGGAGGCCAGCCACCACCCUGACGUGGUCACGGACAUCACCCUAAGCCCUGAGGCGCAUGCGGAGUUGGACGAGAUGGCGCAGCAGCAGGCGCGCGAGGUCAUCCGCUCCCGCCAGGGCAGCACCACCGGCGAGCUGGCCACCAAGCCCUCGGACGGCAAGCGCCGCUCCUCCGCCUCCAACGCCAGUGUGCGCUCCGCCGCCAGCGUGACGCAGCAGGAGCGGCAGGCGCCCGUGGAGUCGCUAGCCAACAUGGCCAUGCAGCCGCCCUCGCCAUCCAAGAUCAAGACGGGGCCGUGGCUCACGGGAACCUACCGCCUGCCCAAGUCGGGCAAGAUCAUCAGCGGCGAGGAGCUGUGUGACGCGCUGGAGCGCAUGACCAACGCCUACAUCGACAAGUACAGCCGCGACAAGGAGGGCAACACGCUGAAGGACCUCGUGCCGGGCGCUGUGACCGUCUUCAACUCCAAAAAGCUGUCGGCGGACGAGUACGACUCCAUGAUUGCGCGGCUGUACAAGCCCAAGGACCGCAACGUGCAGGACGCGGACCGCAUCCAGCUGGUCACGCUCAAGUUUGGGGAGGACGGACAGGAGCACUGGGCGCCGGUGAAGACGGUGAGCGCCGAGGGCCAGCAAGCGUACAUGUGCCAGCUCUACCAGCGCUGCCUGGAGAAUCGCAAGAAGACGCAAGAGGAGCUGGCAGCAAAGUACUUGAAGCCGCUGGGACAGCCCCGGAAGAAGUGAUUCCCUUGCCAUGACUUGUGCAUACCGUGGCCACAGGGAUUUGCCGUGUCUAGGGAAUUCUGUGGUGUACCGCGGCUUGACGCAGUUACCUUGGCAAUUGACGCGUACCGCGGCUCGUUAGGACUUCGUAGGAUUAUGGAAGGGUGCUGCUGUGGCAGCAGCGUGCAGUCUGACCACGGGUACAAUAGCACACCUUGGGCAUAGUUACAGCAGGUGUCAUACAUAGGUGGCGUGAACAUGGUGUGGGGCAGCCGUGGCAUCGAGGGUGGAGGGUUAUUGGCGGGGCCUCGGAUGGCAGUAAUGCGUGGUAUCCACCGCAAAAGCAGUGUGGUGCAUGCAACUUGGUUAUCAACUAGAGCCAUUGCGCUGCAAAAUACUACUUGUACUCAAGAUAUAUGCGCAUGCGAACAUGCAAAGAAGCUCGAAGCAAUAUGUAAGCAGGAAUGGCCGUACGGAAGAAGCCGUAUGCUUCGCCAUGCAUACAUGCAAAGCAGGUGCAACAGAGUAUCCUGCACCGCAUUACAGUAGCACGGCGCAGGUCCGGCACCUUUAGUGGUCUAGCCGCUGUCGCGGGUGUCCGUUUUCGUGCUCUUCCCAAAAUGUUGUCUAGGGCCCUGGUGCUUGCGGGGCGCGUUGUGUCUGCUGCUGCAUCACAGCAGUCUUCUAACGUGACGACGAAAGCAGUGCAGCCGCUGGCCUCGCUCCUUCAGCGAUGCAGCUUUGCGACCAACUCUACCGACAUUUUCAACAUCCAUAAAGACACUCCCGAGAACAAUGCCAGCAUGACCUUCGACUUUACAGAGGCCAACUACAAGGUUGUCAACGAUAUUAUUGCGCGGUACCCGCCUAACUACAAGUCGUCGGCCGUCAUUCCGGUGCUGGACAUUGCUCAGCAGCAGAACGGCGGAUGGCUAAGCCUUGCAGCUAUGAACCGCGUUGCGAAGCUGCUGGGCAUGCAGCCAAUCCGCGUCUACGAGGUGGCGACCUUCUACACCAUGUUCAACCGCACUAAGAUGGGCAAGUACCACGUGAUGAUCUGCGGCACCACGCCCUGCAGGCUGCAGGGCUCGCAGGGCAUUGAGGAGGCGGUGACGAAGCACCUGGGCGUCCACAUAGGCCAGACCACGCCCGACGGCAUGUUCACGCUGGGCGAGAUGGAGUGCAUGGGCGCCUGCGUCAACGCGCCCAUGGUGGCCAUUGCGGAUUACACCAAGGGCGUGGAGGGCUUCUCGUACAUCUACUACGAGGACCUGACCCCCUCGGACAUGAUCAGCAUCCUGGAGACCCUCAAGAAGGGCGGCAAGCCCAAGCCCGGCUCUCAGCACCGCGCCACGGCGGAGCCCGCUGGCACCGUGGUGGGUGACAAGUGGGUGCCCAAGGACGGCCAGAACACCCUCACCGGCAAGCCAAACGGGCCCUUCUGCCGCGAUCUCAACGCCUGCUAAGCGCGCGGCGCAGGCAAACGGAGCUUAAUGCUGGGAUGAUGGUGUGGUGGGCGGGAGAGGAGGAUUAGCAGCAGCAUAGAGAGCAGCAGCGUUGCAGGGCUGAUACUGCCGGUGGCGGUAUUUUGGGGAAGGGAGGUUGCAGAGGGGAUGUGCGCGCGAAUGUGGGUGUCUCUGGUGUAAGGAUAGGGUUUACCAGCACGUGGGUUGCUGCCGGACGGUCAUUUGGAAUGCUUGCGUGAUGCAGAUGAACUUGGAUGCCCGAGGUGUAAACGAAAGUGGUUAA